CCCGAGGCGCGGGUGGGCUGGUCCGGGGCCGGCUGCUGCCCGCGUGCCGCACCGAGUUGGGCCCGGGGGAUGCGCCUUGCCUGGGCCUCCGGCGCUUCUGGCUCGAAGGAGGGUUUUGCCCUCGGCCGCCUUCGUGUCAGGUCUGCGUCGCGUGACGAGCCCUUUGCUCUUGUGCUUUUCUGCGCCUCGUUGCUUGUUCCAGUUAUCCCCUCGUUGCCUCCCGGCCUGCUUGAACUUGGAGAAGUUCUCACCUGCAAGGGUGGAACCAUGUCCCGGAGAGCUGGUGGGAUCUCCAUUGGCGGAGACUCCUAAAACUUGACUGGCCCUGGCUCAGGGAAACCCUGUCUGACUUAGAGGCUAGACUUGCUUUGAGCAGGAGGCUGAAGACGAUGACAUCCAGAGAUCCUUCCAGCCUAAGUGCUUUUGAGAUACAGCCGGGAUUUUUGGCUCCCAUGGCAGCAGCAAACUCUACUCCGCCUGGCUCUUUGGAUCUAAACCAGCCUGGAUUUUCAAGGGAGAUACUGGGCACUAAAUUGGAGGUCAAAUACCUCUGUUCAGAGUGUAAGAAUAUAUUGAGGAGGCCAUUUCAAGCUCAGUGUGGACAUCGCUACUGUUCCUAUUGUCUGAAGAAAAUUAUAAGUUCUGGACCUCAAAAAUGUGCCAUCUGUAUUCAGGAGGGAAUAUAUGAAGAAGGAAUUUCUAUUUUAGAAACAAGCUCAGCUUUCCCAGACAAUGCAGCUCGUCGGGAGGUAGAAAGUCUACCUGCCAUCUGUAUUAAUGAUGGCUGCACUUGGAAGGGGACUAUUAAAGAGUAUGAGAGCUGCCAUGAAGGGAACUGCCUGUUCAUGCUGGUUGAGUGCCAGGCAUGUAAGGGAGUGAUCAAACUGAAUGAAAAGGAACGCCAUUCUGAGCGCGAGUGCCCCGAGAGAAACCUCAACUGCAAAUACUGCAAAUCGCUUUUCUACUUUCCUGAUAUAAAGGCUCAUGAUGAAGUCUGCCCUAAAUUUCCAUUGACUUGCGAAGGCUGUGGGAAAAAGAAGAUUCCAAGAGAGAAGUUUCAGGACCAUGUGAAGACUUGUGGCAAAUGUAAAGUGCCUUGCAGAUUUCAGGUUGUCGGAUGUGCUGAGAUGGUGGAAAAUGAAAAGCUAUCUGAACAUGAAAGCAAGUGUUUGGAGGAGCAUCUGUAUAUGCUACAGAAUUUUGUGCUGAGCCUCAAGACUGCCUCUGGAGGUCUAAAGCAUCAUCCUGCCCUUUCCUCAUCACAAAGCAACUCCUCACUGCUGGCAGCAAAUGCUCUGUGCUCUGAGUCAGAGCUCUCCAAGCCCCUGGAGCUCCUACGAAGGUGUGAGGCCCUCGAGAGGAAAACGGUGACCUUUGAGAACAUUGUCUGCGUGCUCAAUCGAGAGGUGGAAAGAGUAUCUCUAACAGCUGAAGCGUAUAGUCGGCAACAUCGACUAGACCAGGAGAAAAUUGAAACACUGAGUAACAAGGUUCGGCAGCUGGAAAGGAGCAUUGGACUCAAAGAUCUGGCCAUGGCUGAGAUGGAAGAAAAGAUCCGUAACCUGGAAGCUUCCACCUACGAUGGUGUUUUCAUCUGGAAGAUAACAGAAUUUGCCAGGAAACGUCAGGAAGCGAUAACAGGCCGCUCUCCUGCGAUCUUCUCUCCAGCUUUCUACACAAGCAAGUAUGGCUACAAGAUGUGUCUGCGUGUUUACCUGAAUGGGGAUGGCACCGGGCGUGGGACCCAUCUGUCUCUCUUCUUUGUGGUAAUGAAAGGCCCCAAUGAUGCGCUUCUGCGAUGGCCCUUCAACCAGAAGGUAACCCUGAUGCUUUUGGAUCAGAACAACCGAGAGCACAUUAUCGAUGCCUUCCGACCUGAUGUGACAUCCUCCUCCUUCCAGCGACCUAUCACUGAAAUGAACAUUGCCAGUGGCUGCCCGCUCUUCUGCCCUGUCUCCGUGAUGGAAGCGAAGAAUUCCUACGUACGUGAUGACGCCAUCUUUAUUAAAGCCAUUGUAGAUCUCACGGGCCUCUAACCCUCCUCACCUCUGGGAGCAGUGAAUGCAGAGCCAGCCUUGAGUGGGGCAUCCUCCCUCUUGUGCUGCCCUUCAGGCAGGCCUCGGAGUGAGGGGAGGCAAAAAAUGGAAGGGGAAAAACCCAGAGCUAUCCCCUUCCCAAAAAGGGACCUUCUCCGCUCUGAGUGAAAACGAGGUGUCUGAAGGGAACUCCCUUCCCUGGUGUCAGAGAGACCUUUCCUGAUAAGUUUGGGUGUAUGUUCACAAUCUGCGGGGUACAGGAAUAUUUCCUGCAGGGACUUGAAUAUCUGAGCUGUCAAUGUCUGGUUUUCAAAUGGAAACAAAUGCAGCUCUUGCUCUACCAGUUUAGUGCACAGCUUCAGUGCUCUGUAGCAAAACAAGGUUUGGGCUGCCCGAACACCAUCUUAUACGGAUGUUCAGCUCAGCCUUCUGGGCUUUUCUUGGGAGGUCUCUGUUACUGGAAGCUUGGUUUGCUGAAGGAAUGCCAUUGCUCUGUGCUGCUGGCUGGUUUAUGCUUUGAUAUAUGGGGAAGGUAUGAGACAGAUUUAGCUGCCAAGAUGGACUUGAGCACUAACUGGGGCCUCUGGAGAGAGAACUUUUUUGCCACUGUUUUGUUGGUCCUGUUGGUAUCUGCAGAGACAGGUGCUGAGCCACGCUGCAUCGGGGAGCAGUGCCCUGUUUCUGGCUGUAGUUGGAUUCUUGAUCAUGUGCUCUGAACAGUCUGGUGGGACUGGGGAACAGCACAGACAGUAUCAGCAACUGCACACCUAGAGGAGAGCAUGUGGGCACCACUGAGGAUUUCUGCAGUGAAAGAAAGAAUGGAGUCCUCCCUAGAGACUGCCUAUCUUGUCCUGGAGGGUAACCAUGGGGUGUGCAGGGCUCAGUGACCUGAGAUGUGCAUGCCCUCAUGGAGGUUUUUUCAGCCAGAUCCUGCCAUUCUCUGGCUGUCUGCUUACCUGAGUCUGAGCAGCAGUAGAGAGGGAUGGUGGCAGGGCUAGGAGCUGUCUUGACUUGCACAGAAACCCUCCUGAGCUGGCUUUAAUCUCAGUCCCUGAGAAGCUGUAGCAGCACUGACACAUGAACCUUCUCAGGCUCCUGGGCACUUUGCAGUUGCUGAAGCUCUGUUACCAUCUUUACCUGAUGCUCAGGUACAUCUGCACCUACUCUGUCACCUCAGAGACUGCAAUGCUGACAGAGCCGUGGCACAUCUUGUUCACCUUCACAGUGAGCGGCUGCUGGCCAGCCCCUGCCCUCCGCAUAGCACUUAGUCAGGGCCGUAAUGUUCUGGGUUUGCCAGGCUGGCAGGGCCAACCCCAAUGGGGGUUUCCCUGAUCUCUAGGAUCCAAUAUCCAGUGGCUCCUGGUUAAUGUGCUCUAGAGCACGCUCUCUCUGUUCAGCCUCUUGGCCUGUUAGAGAGUUUUGCAGCCACUUGCUUAGGACCUGGGAAGGUCAGAGAAGUCCCUGUGUGAAGCCUGCUGGUCCCUUAUUGUCUCCAGGCUCUCUGCACUGCUCCCUUCUGGGCAGCAAAUAUUCUGCAUCUUUAUCUGAGAUAAAAUCUUUGUUUUUCGUGGAGAAGCGUAUUUUGUGCUGUAAUGUCUCUCCAUCACAGCCAGCUAGUCCUUUUAGAGUUGCUUUGUGGUGGCCACUUGUAACUCUAGAGUGACUGUUGGCCAGGUUGGACUCUUAAGGCUUUCUGCCUUUUCUUCCUGUUCUCUCUCAUCCAUGUCCUUGGAGAUAUUUGGUCACAAGAGCCAGCUAGCUGGCUGCUGAGCCCACCUUGCUAUAGUAGGUACUCCCAAAAGGUGCCCUGACCCUUUCCAGCUCCUGUACUACUCCUCUGGCCUGGAGGACAGGCAAAGAGGCUGUUGUAACUGCCUGGAGAGCCAUGACCCCCUUUCGCCCCUAGCGGAUGGGAUCCGCUGCCUCUGUGCAAGGAGAGUGAAUUCUCUUUGGAAGGGGGAGUGGUGAUCGCUGCUAGUGAACCAAAAAGCAAUUAUGUGUGAAGCUGUGGUGCACUCCGUGGAGGAAGGCCCAGAGCCCCUUUGCUGGCUGCAGAUCCAUGCCUGGUGCCAAGCCUUGUAUGGGUGCCAGGCUGAGGCUCUUCUUCCUGCCAGCAUGAUAAAUACAAAAUUUUCCCUGCUCUGAGCUGUACCCUGCUUGUGGCUUCCUGCUGUCCUUUCUUCUCCUGUGUUAGCUUGGGGGUUAGCUGCUGGAAAGUGGCUUGGUGUCAGAGGGAAACUGGAUGAGGCCUGUGCAACUGCUGUAGCUGUUUGAGGGCCCUGGGAGGGACAGGCAAAGAGGCUGUUGUAACUGCCUGGAGAGCCAUGAGGCCCUUUGCCACUAGCAGAUGGGUUCGCUGCCUCUGUGUGAGGAGAGUGAAUUCUCCUUGGAAUGGGGAGUGGUGAACACCCCUGGUGUGUAUAGAAGGGUGCCCUGCACCUACUGUACCUGGCUGAUUGAUGUGGCUUCUCAAGUUUGGUGGGUACCUCAGCUGGAUCCUGAGCCAAGCUGAGUCUCAGGCACCCAAAGGUUCUGUGCUGGCUGGGUGGCUCUCCCUGCCUGUGGAAGGGUGCUGGGAUGAUUUCUGAGCCCCUGUUCGAAGUCUCCAUGCAGAUAUUGCCAUGCUUGUUGUGGUUGCUCUUGUACUCGGGCCCAGCGUGCAGCUGCGCACAGGCCAUAUCUCAGGGCAGACUCGGCUGUUUCAGUAGGAGCAGAGGGACAGGAAGAGGUGGUGGCCUGGAUCUGCCGGUGGAGCAGGAGGAGGCGCAGCCAUCACUUAUCAAGGCAGCUUCGGCUGCCUGCCUGGAGCAGGGGGUGAGGCUGGAGGGUGGACAGGCAGGAUGGCAGCAGCAGGCCAUCCUUGCACUGCCGCCAUCCUUACAGGGUGUGCUGAGUAACUUUGUAGCAUCUACUUGCCUCCCUGGGAGGAAAACCUGCAGAGCAGUCACCCUCAUGGAGGCUUUACUCGUACGGCCAGGGCCAUGGCGAUGGGGCACGCCAAGAUCCGCACGGUGCCUGGCAAGCAGCUGUGCCAACAUGCUGCCUGUGGGGGCUGGCCUGGUUCCUCUCCUGGGCAGAGGGUUUACUGCUUUAUAUAAGGUCAGUGGAAAAUACGGGCAGCAGUUAUGAUUUGGAAGUAACAGGGACCUCCUUCCCCCCAGGCCAUUCUCCAGCUGCUUCAGGCUUGAGCCAAACCACAGCAGGGGGGUUUCUGCAGGAUGCCAGUUGCUUCCCUUUCCUUCUGAGCGGUUUCUGCAGCUGUGGUGCCUGUGUGCCCCCCGUAUCACAGAGCCCCUCUCUGCAGCCCUGCUUUGUGAAAAGGUGAUGGCUGCAGUACGGACAGGGGCCUGCCCAGGUCUUCCCAAGCGCAGACGGUCAGUGGAUGAGACGUCCACCUGGAGUUGCCCCUUGCAGAACCAAGUGGGGCUGGGGGCCACCGCUGCUUGCACCCUGCCUUGCUCCUGCCUCUUCUUUAAGCUCCCACCUCGCUUUUGGCUCUUCCAGGAGGUAAAGAGCGAUACCCGGUUUAAGGACUUCCUUACAUUGUGCACAGAGCUCCUUUCCCGGCCCUCUCUGAGCAUGUCCUUUAGGAUGUAUGAAGCCAUUGCCACUAUCACCCUAUUGCCUUAGGAGGAAAAAAAGCCUAGCAAAGAAAGAAGCCUGAUCAAGGUAGAGGCGUGUUGCUGGAACAGCUGGGCAGUUUCCCACUGCCAGGCCCCACAAGUGAUUUAUGUGCUGCUGCGGUGCGAAGGGGAGAGUUCCUGCCCAGCGGAGGCCUGGGAAGGGGGAGGAAAAUCAGCUCUGCUAGUUUAGAGGGUGGGAAUUCAGUGUAUUCAGUGGUGGGGGAGAGAGGGGAAGCUUGGUAAAAAUGGAUGUGAAUGGCUUUGCUUUUGGGGUGCUGAGCAGCCAGCAACUGCGAGGGGGGGUCAGAUCGCUGUGGUGUAGUGCCUGGGGGAUGUCUGCAGAGCCCCUAGCUCAGCUGAUGGCAUGCAGUAGGGGCUGUGCACUCCUCUGCAAGAGUGAAUGCUCAGAAGACAAACAGGAGGUUCUGUUCUAGGUACAGAAAUCAGUUUUAACCCUUUCUGGUGUAUGAUAAGGAUUAUUUGGGGCUGUGUUGCUCUUGGAGAGGGCACAGCAUAGCACAUACCAAGCUCCUGUGACAAAAGCUUUUGCCUGCCUUGGUGUUGUCUUUCUCAGGCAACAUGGCUAUGAAAGGGAGAUCUGGUGCUGCAAGCUCUGUCCAGCCCUCUUUCAGUUUUUAGAGGUCUGGAGUUUGCAGGGUUAAUUCUGUUGUAUUGCUUGAGGCAGACAAUAAUCUGCUGCAAGCUGGUAAGGUAAUUUUCCCUGGUUGCAGCUCUGAAGGCCUUUCUGGAACAUGGACACUUGGCAAAAGAGAGCUUUUUUUUGUUAGUGUUUUUAUUUUUUUUUCCUUUGGCCAGUUUUCUGAGGACACCCAUCUCAGGCUAUCACUGUGAAACAAAUUUUGCUCUAUGCUAUUACAGGCUCAGAAGCCACUAAUAAAAGCAGUUUGAAGA